AUGAAGCAAUAUGUUGAAGACAUUUUGGUGCCGUACUUCCUGGAACAAAAGAGAAGGCUCACCCUCCCUGAUGAUUAUCAUUGUAUCUGGAAACUUGAUGUGUGGGCUGUUCACACAUCACGGGAAUUUCGUGAAUGGAUCUAUAGCUGUUUCCCAUGGAUCAUCCUGGAUUAUGUCCCUGGAGGUUGUACUGGCCUCUUUCAGCCAUGCGACCUUGUUGUUCAAUGGGCAUUCAAGCUUGCAUUGGAAGACCAACAAGAGAUUGUUGCAGUGGAGGCUAGCCUUCCAGAAUUAUGCCAGCGGAUGGUUUGCAUCCUCAUCAAGGCAUUCCAUGAAAUAAACAAACCACACAUUGUCCUUAAGGCCUUCGAGAAAGCAAAAUCAGGCAAAUUCAAUCUUUCACACUCCAGUCUCACAAGUUCAGCAGUGCUUGACAUCCUGAGGAUGCUCCAUGUUGACAACCCAACACUCUUUUCCGAGUUUUCAAAACCUCGCUCAGCCCCAGAAGCCCCACAAAAUCACACUCAGUGUGCAAAUGGUGUUGGAUCGGAUGAGCCUCCAUUCCCCCCCAAUAGUAAUGAGUGUUCUGACAUUCCCUAUGGUGCCGCACUUACACAUACUCUCACUGGAGAGGUUCGCGAAGGCCUUAUGCUUGAACCCGGCACCCAAUCCCUUCUGCCACAACCCACGCUUGCAAAUGAGCUGGACCCCAAUUUUCCUGAGGAUGCCAACGAUUUGGAUGGGCACUGCAGUAGGGAAGAAGAUGAACAGGAUUCAGGUGAUGAUUAUGAUGGCAAUGAAGCACCUGAUUCAAAUUGGGAUCUGGAGCCGGCACGUCAAGGGGGAAGGGUGAAGAAAGUUGUUGAUUUGGCAGCACGCAAUAGGUGGUGGGAGGGGUGGUAA